CUCAGCGAGAGGGAGGGAGGUAGAGAGUCAUGGAUAGAGGUAGCCCGAUGAUAGACACAUAGUAGUGGUGUAGCUACAUUGGCAGCGGCAACUAUGAGAGGAGAUAAGUUUACAGGGUGAGCUAGGCUGGUUGGCAGCCGUUGUCGCAUUCUUUGAAAAAAAACGCAAACCGUUGGACGUCGAGAAGUCGUGGGACAGUCCGUGUUACUGGAAAAAUAACUGGUGGAUACAGGUUUGGGGAUACAGCACAGCAGCGGCAGCAGCAGCAGCAGCAGCAGCAGGGCGAGUGUCUGAGUGCUUUGGCGGCGGUCCCGCUGCUAGCGAAACAUGAACAAAAACCACCGAGUGCCGAGCAACCGUUCUCUGAGUGCCGUGGAGGUGAAGAGCAAGUUUGGUGCAGAGUUUCGUCGGUUCUCGCUGGAUCGGUCGAAGCCGGGCCGCUUUGAUGAGUUCUACGGCCUCCUGCAGCACGUGCAUCGCAUCCCCAAUGUGGAGUUGUUGGUGGGAUAUGCUGAUGUACAUGGCGACCUGCUGCCCAUCAACAAUGAUGAUAACUACCACAAAGCCAUCUCCACUGCCAGCCCUCUACUCAGACUGUUCCUGCAGAGGAAAGAGGAAGCUGAUUACACGUUUGGUACCAACUCGCUGACCAGGAAGAAAAACACGGUGCUUUCGGCCGUUCUUCUGCGGCCUGACCCCAACAGGAAGAAACCACCAGUGAUCAUUAGCCUUCCGAGGGACUUCCGCCCCGUCUCCUCCAUCAUCGAUGUGGACAUCCUCCCUGAGACGCACCGACGUGUUCGUCUGUACAAGCACGGCCAGGAAAAGCCGUUGGGCUUCUACAUCCGCGAUGGCUCCAGCGUACGGGUCACUCCACAGGGCCUGGAGAAGGUUCCGGGGAUAUUCAUCUCUCGCAUGGUGCCUGGCGGGCUGGCGGAGAGCACCGGCCUGCUGGCAGUCAACGAUGAGGUGCUGGAGGUGAACGGUAUCGAGGUGGCUGGGAAGUCUUUGGACCAGGUGACGGACAUGAUGAUCGCCAACAGUCACAACCUCAUCAUCACCGUGAAGCCUGCCAACCAGCGGAACAAUGUUGUUCGCAGCGGAGGAGGAGGAGGAGGCGCGGCGUCUGGGAGCUCAGGACGCUCGUCAGACAGCGGUGCCAGCUACUAUGGCUACUCGUCGCACGGUGGGGUUGGUGCCCCGGCCUCCAUGCCGUCGCACAUCAUCCAGAACUUCCCUGUCGGGGAGCUGGAGAGCGACGAGGACGACGAAGACCUGGUGAUUGAAGCAGGCGGGGAGGCUGAGCCCAUCAGACGCGCCUCGUCCAACUAUAGCAUGCCCUCGCUGCUUCGCUACGAACCGCACCUCAACCUCCGCGUUGCCGCCACCUCCACCUCCACCUCCACCCUCUCUAUCAACGCCAAUGGAACCCUGCCAGCCAGCGGCAGCAGUGGAUCACUAAGCAACGCCAUUUCGACCACGCCGUCCCUAGACAGAGCAAUUGAAAGGCGAAGUCUGGAGGAGGACGGCACUGUUAUAACUCUGUAGGCUGGGCAUUCACAAACUUAACACUGGAAACCAGAUCGUCAAAUUGGAUCAGCUAAUCAAACGUUGGGGACAUCCUGUACCAUCAUACAGCGACUACACCUGAGAAGCACAAUGAAAAGUGUACAUAUUAAAUCUCAACAUGACACUGGCACGUACAUGUUUGUGCAUCCUAACAUUUUCACGUCAAACACUGCACUCCAUACGUAUCUCUCCAGUACAUGCCAAUGACCACGCAUGUGUGCCAUAGCGGUGACACCCCCCCCCCAAUUCUGCAGGCACAAAAAUGUCAGACAAAGAAGUGUAAUUUGAUGCUCCCUUACCCUUCACUUAAUUUGUAAAACACUGCAAGCACUUGUUUUUUUAACCUGGAAACUGUUGUUACGCUGAGCUUCCACAAGAGGCCAGACAUGAGACACCCCGUCAUCAGUCCCGUAAGUAGAUGAAGGUAGAAGUCCUGUGAACAAGUUAACCCCCCCCCAAUAACAAACACACACUGGAGCAGGAUUUUAGUUCAAGCAUUUGUUGACAAUCUGUGAUUGUUUAUUUUUUUUGCCUUGUCACCCCACCCCUGCACCCCAUUAAGACCACCUCCCUUCCCCCAGGUGGCCACAGCACGCAAUUGAAAAACAGUUGUGGUACUUUCCACACAACGUAGUACCACAACAAUCGACCAAGUGCUGAGAUCUGCAAUAAUACUGUAGUUUUUAUUCAAGGACAAACCACCUAAACAACAAGUCUGGGUACUUUGUAUUGGCUCAGAUGCUUUUAACCACUGUUAGCUGUUUUUUUCUUUUUUUUACCUGCUGAUAAUGAAAGGUUGAUGAUUUUGAUAAUUCUUGGGAGCAACUUGUCUCUUUUAAAAUCCCUUUACCAUUGGGCCUGUGUUUUAUAUAUUUUGUUUUUAAUUUUAUUAUUACUUUAUUUUUUACAAUACUUGUACCUCACAAGUGACUGUAUGACCAGAUUCCAUCUGUUGCAAGUCACUCCAGAAAAUUGCUCCUAACUGGGAAUGGGACAUCUUAGAUUGAAUUAAUUUCCCUCUCAUAUUUCCUUCAUAUUGCACUCUCUCUCCUUUCCACGACUAGGGCUAUUUCCCCUGCCGCCUGUGUAAACAUGACCAAUGUAAAUGUGAUUUCAUAUUUUUUCUGGAUCACGUCUCAAUAUAUCUCAUCUCAGUGCUGCACAAUCUAUUGCUGUUUGUUUUUUUCCCCCAGAGUUCACUUGAAUGUGUCCCGAGACAUUCACAUAUGAGAAGGGUUCUUUCCAGUAUUUAUGCACCACUUCCUUUUUGUAUCUUCAUUCUCACUGGAUUCAGUUAAUGACACAUUAGGAGAGAAUGUAACGCAAAACAACUGUAUUCAGAAUGCUACUAAAUCUUGACUUUGGGCCUAAAUGGCUGAUCAGUAGCUGGGCUGUAACACUGAGCAAAUACAACCACAUCAUUGAGAUGAAAUGAAAUGAGUGAUACUUCCAGUGACCGCCUGUUAUCUCAAAAUAAGCCUGGGUGAGAUUGAGUCAUAUUUAAACAAACACAAAACUGCUUCACGUACUGUAUUUAAUAAAGGCGAGGCAGUCUGUCUUUUGUACAGUAUGUCUUGACUCUGAUCUGUAUUUGCCUUUUCCAUCGAAGCUGUUACGAACUGCCUCUCAGCAAAAACUUGACUGACAGAUUAGGCCUGAAUUUAAAAAAUAAAAAAAUGAAUUGUUGUGUUUCUUAUUUUAAGCUGCAGUGGGGGGGGGGGGGGACUCCCAAAAUUUGUGAUUUUGGGCUGUAUAAAUAGAAUUGACUUGACUUACAUUUUUUAGUAGUGGAGUUAAUCUGAAUUCAAACACAUUUCCAUAGUGCAGCUUUAAAUUGGAUCGUAUUUUUGCACUUAAACUUAACUCCCUCAGAAAUGCAAACCCCUGAUCACAUGCCAUGAAACGUUCUCCACAGAAAGAAGGAAUUCUGUUUUAGUUCCUGUUCUUGAAGCGAAUCCAUAACAUUUAUUGGAAUAUAAUAUACCUACACAUUAACCUUAGAGGCUGCUGCUAACUGCCUCCCUGAAGUGAGAGCAGAUGUCUAUUAUUUCUCUUAUUGAUUUUAAGCAUUUGCUCUCUUGUUCAAAGUGAUUUUUUUUUUUUUCCUCACUCGCUAAAACAUGGUGGACACACACACACACACACACACACACACCCUCUCGAUAAUGAUUAUUGGCGUCCUCUGAACCUAUGUGCACUUGUAAUGAAACAGAACAGUACAUUCAUACAGAUCGCGAUUACACUAAUGUUCAUCAUUUCUAGUUCUGUUUAUUGCUUGAAUAUUUGAUAUGAGACGGUGAAUAUCUAUGAUUGGAUAUUCACUGUUGGGUAUGAGCAUCCACUAUUGUGUUUCAAGCUGUAUGUGUAAGGUACUGUCUGCUGAUGGGAUUCUGUCUUCUUUCAUUCAACAGUAAUGAAUGGUACUCUGAACUUUGAGAAAUCAAUGUUAAUUUAUUUUCUUAAUUUCUAACUUUACCACAGGACACUGGGAUUGUAACCACAGUUAUUUAUUCUCUAAUCAUGCAUCUGCAUUUUUUUCUUUCUUUGUACAAAUUGUAUGACUUUAUUUUUUAUAAGUGAAUGUUUUUGUUUAUUUGUGAUUGUUGUUUUGGUCAUAAAUCUCAUGUUAUUUCCCAAUAGGAGAUGAUUUCACUAGGUGAUUUUUACUGUUCUGGCUAAAGCAACAGGAGAAUCUGUGCAAGACGUGACACUAUUAUUUUUUCCAUACUGUGAAUUAUCAAUAAUAUUUUGUGGAAGAGAAACAGUUGUAUUAGCACAACCUCAAAACAGGCUACUUGUUUUGCUUUGAGUCAGAUUUUUUUUUUUUAAAGCGAUCGAGCAAUGAUUUUUGCUUGCCAGAUAAAUCCUACGGUAUAGAUUUGUAAUGAAGAUUGUCAGUAUUUUCAUAUCAAUGCUAUAUAUGAUGUACAUUUUUAUCACACUUAAUGAAAAUCUUUUAAGAUUCAACUGGAUGCGUAUGAAUAAAUAGAUGUACACCUGUAAUUGCUGAUUGGAGGAGCUGGAUAAAAUAAACUAAUAUGUAGCAAUCUU